UUGUAACAUUUGAAGAAUUAUUGUUUAAUUUAUAUAAUGUGAUAAAAUAUCUUACAUAUCUAUAUAGGAAAACAUUGAAAAUCCUAAUUGUGUGAAAAACAAGGAUACAAAAUACAUACAUACAUACAUAAAAUCACGCCUCUUUCCCGGAAGGGUAGGCAGAGACUACCUCUUUCCAAAAAUUGACUAAUACCGAUUCUAGCGAAAUAUUAUAGAAUUACAAUACAUAUGUUAGAUAUAUAUUGCAAGACAAAUUUACUUACGAAGUUCGUGAAAAUUACAUUGUUUUGGCGUUGUUAAAUAAUUUAUUGUGGUUUAUACAAAUUUAAUUUAGUGGAAUAUUGUCAUACUCAAAUGUCACAAUAAUAAAAUGUAUAAAUUGGUUUUAUUUCAACUUUUUUUAUGUAUGAACGUGUCUUCUGAACUUAUCGCAAAAUCAACAAAACAUAUUGGACAAGAAUAUGAGGUAAUCUGUGAAAAUAAUGGCAGUAAUCCAUUAGAACUCAUGUAUUCCGUCAAGAAAGUGUUAUUUAAAAAGAAAAUGAGGUCACAGCCAAUAAAAUAUAAAAUUAGAGUUGAAAAAUUUGAUAAUAAUUCUAAAACAAUGUGCAACAAUGGAGCUUUUGUCACAUCAUUUCAAUUAGAAGUUAAACAAGGCGUUAAUUCUACAGUUUCAGAUUAUUCCAAAUCAGUUGAAUAUGCUUAUUAUGGAAAUGAAAAGUUUAAUGCGUCGUGCAAGGCUGAUGAAGGCACAAUCAAUUGGAUUUCAUUCGAUGAUAACAAUAAUAUUUUCCAAAACGAUUAUGCCAAUUACUUCGACGUUAAUUUUGAACUAGACGUAAAAUCUGACGGAACAACAUUCGCAUGCCUUCAACAUAAAUGUUCUUAUAAUUCACUGAAUGGCUCUUCUACCGGAAGAACAAUUUUGGAAUGCCAAAGGAAUUUGUUAAAAGUGGUCAAGUUUAAAAGAAAAAAAGCUUCAUUUUCGACAAUUCCUGUGAUUGGAGGAAUUUUUGGUACUUUCAUAGUGUUAUUAAUUGCUAUAAUUCUGUAUUGGAAACUUUGCAAAGGAAAAGAUGAAUGUAACACAUAUGGAGAGAUCACUUAUAAUUCUGAAUUACAAUAUGCAGAGUUAGAAUUGAAGAGUUCAGGAACACGACCAGUCAAUGAUGAAGUUUUAUAUUCCAAGGUGAAAGGAGUCUUGUAUCCAACACCCAGGACUUGAACCUUGUAUUAUUUGUGACACUAACGACCCGCCCCGGCUUCGCACGGGUGCAAAAUUCGGAAAAAAAUAUAUAU